AUGGGGCGCAACCGACGGCAGACUGGCCACCUCCAAGGCACCUUUCCCCCUCCCAGGAUUGUACCAAGUCAAGGUCCCGGUCAACACAGUCUCUACUCGUCUCAGCCCCAAUACAAUGAGCCGCCGCAACCGCCGCCGUUUUCUACGUCCGCACAGCAGCCCAAUUGGCAGCCUGGUCAACACCCUCGUGGCUAUGGACUCAUGUUGGCCGCGGAACCAAACACUCCGUCGACCACAGAUGCUGCCAGCCCUGUGAGUACCCGGUCCACCCUUUCUCGCAGUAGUGUGGCGACCUCGACGAACACAAGCUAUACUGCGGCUUUGGAAUAUGCUCGGCAAUUCUCUCCAGAUGUUGAUACUCCCCCCAGCCCAAGCGCCAGUGUUUCGACAGUCCAUCCCCCUCAUCCAGCAGAUCAUGCAAGUGACCAGUCCUUGCACCAGACAAUCUUCGGGUCUGACUACGUGCUGGGUGCUAAUCAUGCGAUGACAGAGGGUCUCCUGGGCAUUGAUACACCUGCUCCCUUGGCCGAGACAUCGCGUUAUCUCUUCCCGAGCCCCCAGUUCCUUUCACCGCAAAAUCCAUCACCAGGUCCCUACCCAAGAUUUCCCGGCAGAACCGAUCCAUGGAAUACAUUCCCCUUUCGUCAUGAAAAUCAAUAUGUCAAUAUGGGUACAAGUUCACCGGUGCCCACCGUCCAGGCUGACUGUCGCUCACUCUCAUCACGCGAAAGAGGAGGAGGCGGCGGCGGCGGGAGGACGGGGCCUCUUAACCCAACCCAGAGACAACAAGCUAGUGAUGUUCGAAGACGCGGUGCUUGCCUUCGGUGUGCGGUAAUGAGGGAAAAGUGCGACUUGGGCAACCCUUGUAAUAAUUGCUUGACCAAAGAACGGCGAAAAUGCCCCAAGUACUGCAUUCCCAAUCGAAGCGAUUGGGAUGGUUGUAAGACUAGCUUGUUCCCUGAUGAAUUGACAUGUCGCCUACGGAAAGAUAAUCUGCUCCAGUAUCUUGCGAAUUCUACCUUUGAUGUCUCCCAUCGCCCUUUCCAAAUUCCGCUGGACAUGUACAUCGGAAUCCCUUUAUACGUUUUGGUUCGAGAGUUCCACCCUCUUCAGCCAGCUUUGGAGAUCCGGCACGCAUUCCAGACGUCUCACGGCCCUAAUGGAGAAAAGUCGUACGAUAGGCAACAGACCUGGAAUCCGCCCAUCAUCAUGUGCAUCCGGAAUGGCGAAUUGGAGAAGACAGUCAACCAAGUUCGAAAAAACAUCACCGGGAUAUUUGACAAACUGCUGGCCGAUCCGAAAGAGUACCGCAAAUGGACGACAGAGUACUUUGAGGAGCAGGAGGAAGAUUUCCAGACCCAAAUUCUACGCGUCCUGGGAAGGUACUACAGGAGAGAUAUUGAAGAGCAUUCGAUUCUCAAGGCGGCUCUGAGGCUCCUAUGGUUCGAGUAUCUGCUCCUGAACAAAUUUACCGUUCCCGCCGAAGCUGUACCGAUCCUUGAAGCCAAUCUCGGAUCAAAACGACCUGUUGGUGCUCCCCAGCAUCUACACGUCAUACCUGACACUAUCAACCGCUUUCUCAAAGCCAUCAUCCUUCCCCUGGCCGAGAAAGCCGCAGAGAAGCUUAUAAAAAAUCUUCACGACAUGAUGUUUAAGAUGGCCGUCACCCAGAAAAUGCCACAAGGUCGCAGGGAUCUAGUUCUUUGCCUGCUUUUUAUCCUCGUGAUAUUCCUCGGCCGCACCCAAGUCGCCCUUCUCUUCCUCUCCCAUACCCCUGCGCCCGAGAUCGGUAUGGAGUACUCCCAGGAACAAGCGGAAUCCAAGAUCGAAGAGAUGGAACAAAUAGUGAGCGAUUACCUCCUGUCCUUCCACAGAUACACCUUGAGCAGAAUGUCCUCCCGGUCGCCGGUGACGGCUAGCGAGUAUGAUUCUCCAAGUGAACGUCACGCAAGAGAAUUCGAUUUGGUUGACCGACUGCGCAAAGAGAUCGGGGGCUACGCGUGCGAGAGACCCGAGAGGCUGGAGCCGGGUGAUUAUCAGAUGGAUACGUUCCGAUACAUGAAUGUUCGGCGGUUAUGCUGGAAGGUUAUUGGCAAUUUGAAUUGGGGCUCCAACUACUAG